GUGUAGUAUUCACGCGGCACGAUCGCUGGUGCUGCUGCUGCUGCUGCUGUUGUUGCUGCUGCUUCUGCUAGCGCCCCGGUCUGCCGUUCUUCGCGUAUUGUUGUCCAAUCGAGCGUACCGACGAACCGGUUUUCGAGUCGGACCACACACGCCAAUAUCGCUCGCACGGUAUGGCACGAGCUUUUUUUGGGUGGGCGGUCAUUGAACAACGGGAUGUUAUUGGUCGAUCGCCGUGACACAUGCCCGCGUGCAUUGGGAUCGGGAGAUCUGGUGACGUUGCUAUUUAUUUCGCGGCGAUUUUACCAACGAGUCGCGAUACUCUCGCGCGAUCGUAGAUUAUCGGAUCCGCAUCGAUUAGCAUGACUAUAGAUCUUUAGCUGGUGUCAUUCGUUUUUUUUUUUUUUUUUAUCAUAGAUCGGCAAAUGUGAUAUAAUAGUUUGAUCCUUCGAACGUCAUUGCAUUAUACGUGUUGUGUAUUGGAUUUUAUUUGGUGGAUUGGUUUUUUUUUUUUUUUUUUAUUAUUAUCUACUUGUCAUUUUCAUGGUGCUCAAGUGAACGCGUAACGAUAAUCGUAACUUUUUUUUUAAACGAUCGUUGUACAUACGAUCGUUCGAUCGAGGCUACAAUAAUUCUUUGCAAUGUCCGCGCGAUAAUUGUUCGUUUUUCCUGCCACGUGUUCGUGCUUGGAUCCGAAGAUCGGCGUGGACGAACAGUGUUAUCAUCGAUUGAUUGUGGUCUCCUGUAAAACCCAUCAAGCUUUGAUGGGGUUGUCACGUGUCGGUGGGACGUUUGUGAGCUCGAGAGUCAUCGUGGAGCGAAGAGUGUCGUGCUGGAAUUGACUAGUCAGAAUCUGCGGUGAAUGAUGGUUCUUUCGAUCGAUUGCAGCUUAUGGCAACGUGCCGAAAGACACGACCAUAUUCGAUUUAUCCGAAAAGGGGGACUCUCAUUUCAAAAUACAAAAAAUUAAAUAUUUAUGAUAUAGCUGCAUAUUAGAAGAUAAAAUCUUAGAAGAAUAAAACUGCCUUGGCUCAUUCCGUUGAAAAGUUCAAUUUUUAUAAAGAUUGAUAUUACGCUCGGUAAAAAUAACGAAAAAUAAUGCAUUUUCCUAGUCUACCGCGGACGUUUUAAGAUCGAAAGAGUAAAAAUUCACUUCCGUAUUUAUACAACAAUGCGUAGUUGUAUGAAGGAGCUUGAAGAAAAUUACGAGUCGAGUUGACUCUUCGCUUCAUCGCCAGCGUUGUAAAGGAGAGUCGUUGAAAUUAAAGACGUCUCAUACACAAGCUACGCUCGCUUCAACGUUUUGGAAAAAAAAGUUGUGAAAGUCUCUUUCGCGUGGAAUGUCAGGCCGUUGAGCCUGGCUGAGGAGGUCGCACGUUCUCGAAGGAUGCUCGCGAGGCUCUUCUGGUUCAGCAACUGAACCGAAUGGAAGGAUGUUUCAUCCGGUGUUCUGACUGCCUAUGGAUAUAUUCGGCCGUUGCAACGGCGGCGGCAGCGGAAGCACGGUAGCCGGAAACGGUGCUGGCUCGGUAAGGACAUCCAGCAACGAGUCCGCGGGUGGCGGCGGCACGUCCAGCGGCACCAGCGAGAGCGGCAGCAGCGCAAGCGGCAGGAUGCAGUUGACAGGAGCCUCGGCUCCUGGCGCGGCAGCCUCGCCGGAGUCGGGCGUAUCCCCGCUGACCGAUGCCUAUACCAAGAUGACCAGUGACAUCCUCGCCGAGCGAACUCUGGGUGACUUCGUCAGCGAGCAUCCCGGCGAGCUAGUUCGAACAGGUUCGCCGCAUUUGGUCUGCACCGUUCUGCCAGCGCACUGGAGGUCUAAUAAAACUCUUCCGGUGGCUUUCAAAGUUGUAGCCCUCGGCGAGGUAGGCGACGGCACCUUGGUGACUGUUCGCGCCGGCAAUGAUGAAAACUGUUGCGCCGAGCUUAGAAAUUCAACAGCUCUGAUGAAGAAUCAAGUCGCCAAAUUUAACGACUUGAGGUUUGUCGGCAGAAGCGGAAGAGGCAAGAGUUUCACCUUAACGAUAACGGUAUCGACGACGCCGCCCCAAGUCGCCACUUAUACCAAGGCGAUUAAGGUGACAGUGGACGGGCCGCGCGAGCCGCGAUCCAAGACCAGUGAGUAUCACUUGCUGUCUCUUUUAGGGCAGCAACAACAGUUUCAUGCCUUCGCGUUCGCCUCGCAACGAGGCGGUCCGUUCUUCGCCUCGCCCUUGGUGGAUCCGCUGCAACCUCUGCCAAAUCCGUUGCAACCGUUACCGAAUCCGCUCCAGCCGAGGGAUCCGCUGUCUUCUUUCAGACACGCGAUGCCUGGCAAUUGUCAGAAUAUGUCCCAGUUUGGCCUGACAGCGAGCAAUUCUUGGGGAUACGGUAGCACGGCCGGCUAUGCCGGUUAUCUUCCGGGUCCCCUCUCGUCGUGCGCCGCACAGGCCUCGUUUCCACCUCCGCCACCGCCGCCUCCGCCACCGCCGCCAUCGUCCACGUUAGCGUCUUUCGCCGGCACGGCAUCCAUGACCACACCGACGGCACCGGACUCGACGGCGGGUUCGACUGUCACAUCUGGCACCGGUAAUACCGGCACCACGCCGCAGCAGGAUGCUUUUUCCGCGGUCUCCUCUCUCGUACCGGACACCACGACACCGGGUCAAUCGGAUCCGUUGGAUCCGCUGAGCAGCCUCAUGUCCGGCGGCUCCUCCAGUCAGAGAUAUCAGGACUACGUGUCGCCGAGAUCACUGUCCACUGACUCCAGCACGACCGAGAGCCCGGUGCACGAGGAGCAGGGCUUCGGGCAGAAUUACGGCAACUACUUUCCCACGCCCGGCGUGCUGCCCAGCAUCCUUUACUCCCAGCUCUACGGGAAUCAGUUCCAGAAUCCCGAGAGCGCCGAGCAGAGGGCCGUCGCGGACAGUUGCAGCGUGAGGCAAGAGGAAGUCAGACCGGACAACAAUGUCUGGAGACCGUAUUGAAGGAACAGAAGUGAUCGAUAUCUCGAUCGAUAUCUCGAUAUCUAUACAAUCCAUCGACCAUCGAAAAAUCGAGAAACUUCUGGAAGACAGGACUUCUGGAAGUAAUGUCUCUUAACAGAUCGCUCUUGAGGACGUCGAGAUCGUCGAUAAUUGUAAUGUGACGUGAUGAUUCUUUGAGAACUAUCGAAAGUCGAGGACCUUUCUCGACUGUGAAGUAGCACUAGUGGGCAUUAAAUCCGGAAAGAACUCGAGUCGGGGCGAGUUUCCGUUCGCCCCGAGGGAUGUUCUUCCGGAAAGCUUCGGGAAAUAAAAAUUGUUUUACCGGUUGUGUGUGUGUGUGUGUGUGUGUGUGUGUGUGUGCAUCUCACGCCAACAAAUUUUAGAGGGGUGCAAAUGAGCGGGGGGAGGGGGGGUGGUAACUAAGUGAGAACGAAUUGCGUACGAGAGAGCGAGCACGGGUGUGAAAGUGGUGAUAACGACGACUACAAUAAUAAUAUCCACGGGAUGUAUAUACGUGUAUAUAGCUAGGCCAUUGUCGUUUCCAUCGAAUCAUUAUUCGCAGUCGUUUUGAGCGAUCCGACGCGCUAAUUUAGUUUCAUCGAUUACGUUUUCAUAGUAUAACUGCGAACGAUCGCUGCGGGAUCGUGCAAUAUCGUCGCGACUGUGACACAUCGGCGACAAGCUCUCUUUCUUCCUUUCUUUCUUUCUUUUUGUAAAUACAUGUAUCUUCCAUCGUUGCGCGUUCAGUUUUCCGUUGACCCGCAGUUUCCUCAAAACAAAAAAGAAAAAGAAAAAAAAGGAAAAAAAAACCAUUUUUUUUUUGGACUUGGAAAAAAAACCGGCUUCGCGCUUUUGGCGAGAUAUUCGCAGCGACUCUUGAGUUACCUCGAGGAAUCGACGCUGAUUCGCGAAAGGCGAUCACGUGCGGUCACGUUCGGAUCGAGCCGACGAUAAGAUCGAAUGGGAUUCGAUUCGCGAGGUGAGAAGGUCUCUUGUCGCAUGAAAAUGUCGUCGCGGGGAGCGUGCGGGCGGCAAAAAUGUUCGCGAGUAUUCAACAAACGAAUGAACGAACGUGCCGGCAUCGAAGACCUUACAUCGAAAUUUCUGCUAAAGAAACGAAAGCCCCCCCCCCGGAGGAACACAACUUCUCGCGAAAUAGUUUCGUGAGAAGCACCGCGCCGCGUCGGCAGGAAGCUUGUCCGUUUUUGUAAACCGGCGAUGAGCACUUUGCGUUUCCAAAAAUGAUUUCCGAUAUACAUAUCUACCGACCUAUUGUUAUCGUAGUUUUUGACCGAGUCGAAGUAAAAGUGUAUUUCAAAAUAUAA